AUGACAUUCACGUUCACACUUGUUUCACUCUUGUUAUUGGUCAUUCACCUGGAGCUGCAGCAUGCAGCAGCCGAAGCUGGCCGAUCUGAUGGUCAAAACUCCAAUCAUGGACUGAAAAAAGGUGUCGACUCGCAAAGCAAGAAGCGCGGUCGCGGGAAGAAACAAUUGGCAAAACUUGGAGGCAGCACCUCAGCGACCACUUCAACGGGUCUUUCACCUGCAGUUAAAGGCCUUGACUUUUUUCCGCAUGACGCAGGCAAUGCGACACGCAAAUGUUACAACGCAACGUUCUUGAUCGAGUAUAUCGGUCCAUUAGCGACGGACGAAGCAGUCUGCGCAACCGAAAAGCCUUCCAAGAUAAAAGCCUUCCAAGAUUCAAUGCAGAGGACUCAACAUGAAGCUUACGAAGCGAAGCAAGUCCGGUCCUUCUCUAGAGAUGUUUCACAGAAGACUUGCAUCCAGAGCCCCAGGCUUGAUAUCAAAUACUUUUCCAAGACCUCUGUCAUUUCGGGUUCAUGUGCAAUCAACUGUCACUGCACCAUUCUCAACUACUUCGAGCGUAUCAAGAUGCCAAAAUUGAGAUACAAGGGUGGUCAUUUCGAGCUGUCGCCUUCCAAACCAAAGUCUUACUGGAGUCAAGUUCCAGCGUUAUCCGGAGACCCUCCGGAACCGACUGGCAAACCAGCCCUAGAUUGUCAUUACGAGGAUCUGUUCGAAAAAGUAGGGUGGGUGUCGCAGAUCAUAGAUCCUACGACAGGCACCCCGUUAGCAGAUUCUGCGACAGGCACUCCGUUAACAGUCAAGUGGCAGGUCGGAUGUGAUGUCAGUCAACAAAAUCUACCUUGCGACAAGGUUGAGUGGGGUAAUUUUUGCUUCUGUGAGCGAAGGCUACAACCAAAGAAACAUCACUUUGUUCCUGGACUAUGUGGAGAAGGUCCGAAACCACCCAAAGAAUUCAAGGGAUCCAAAAAAAGCAGCUCAGGAGCGAAGUUGGAUACUUCGAGGCCAGCCGGCUCUGACCAGUCGUCAGAGCAUUGCCUCGCGCCUGCUACCCGCGGAGUUACUCCUGCCGAUAAUCCAGCUCACGCAGACGCGUCAAGUUCAGGCCAAGCCGCAUUGGCGGGCAACAGUGCAGAACCUGCCACGGCAGACCUGCGACUAGAUCCAAAUGACUGGGAGGAAUGGAUAGCAACAAUGUCGAAUGUGGAGCAGAAUCCAACGACCGGACUACCAGUAGAUCGGAACGUCUUGACAAUGCAGUCUUGCAUCAAUCAUGGUCUCUUCAACCAUCCAGGGUUUGAACAACCGCAUGCAGAUAUAUGCGUUGCUCCGAGCCAUGAUGUCCAGAGGCAAGGGGUUUGGAGCAAGGAACUGAUGGAAAUCAAGAUGAUGAUAUCGCCGGCUACGCUGAUCACUUUUCGGCUGAGCCGCCCGCCUUUAUCUAAUGGAAGAGUUUCUUCUCCAGCCGCAGAUCAUUGA